AUGAUAACGACUAUUAAGACUAAUAAUAAAAAAAUUGAAAGAGAUUUAGCACAUCUAUUAAAAGCUCUUGGCUCUUGGGAAAUUCAUGUAGAAAUCUACUAUCCAUAUCUUAGAUUGAGAAUUAUAGAAUCGCUGAAACCCAACAUCAUCACUUCGAUAUCCAAUAAGCAUUCGAAUAACUAGACAAGUUAGGGAGGGGAUAUAUAACGAAGAAGAAAUUUCAUGAAUUUCUUACAGAAGGGCAAGUGCAUUGCUCAUUUAAAGAAUGGGAGUUCCUUCAUUCCUAUUGUUUCAAGAUUGAUGAUGUUAAUCUUGAAACAUUUAUCAAUUUCAUCUUACCCUAAUCAUCCAAAAAUAAAACCAUCCCGAGUGUUAAAGAAUCUACUAACCAGGUUAUGGCACAAUGGAAUAGGGAAUUUCUAUUGAGAUUUUUUGAAAGAAUCAUAAUUUCAACUAGAGAACUUAAUCAAUUAAAAUAUGAGUUACAUUAAUGGGUCUAUUCUGAUAUUCACGAAAUUUGGAAAGUCAUUAGUAACAAAUAUCCAACAAAAAAGACAGGAUAUUUAGCAGAAGACUCAAUUAGAGAUCUAAUUGAACAAUAUGGAUUCCAUUUUAGUAGAGAAGAAUUUUAGGCAUUAUUAAAGAUUUUGAAUUGCAAAUAACAAUAAGAUUACUUGACAUAAAAACAAUUAUAUAGUCUUAUUUCUCCUCCUGUAUUUCUUGUUUCUAAUUCAUAUUUGUAAGAGAAGGCAGAUUCAUAACAACAAAAAGAACCAUAGACUUAUGAUCAUUAGAAGUACAGAAAAGGUUUUGAUCUUGUCAGGGAAGAAAGGCCAAAAUCAUUAUUUGAUUCAAGUAUAUAUUAUUUAGAUGUAGAUUAUAUGGAUAACCUAAGAGAACAUUAUAAACAACAUAAGCUAGAAAACUAGAAUUAUGAAUCAAAUUUGAGGAAUUAAACAUUGUAGUUUAAUAACUAUUUCUCUUCAAAUUACUCUUAACUUUAAUAAUCAUUAUAUAGAGUUGAUACUGUUUAUAAUUAAUAUGGAGGUAGGAUUAGAUAUUAUGAAUGA